AUGCACCCUGCCCUCCUCAUUCAAGAGAUUCUUUUACACAUCUUUCAGUACCUCAAAAGCGGCUCCAACGCCAAGGGAUCAUCUCUUCAUGCUUUGCUGAAAACAUGUCGCAAUUUCAAGUCUGCCGCUGAGAUCAUUUGCUGGUCUGAGGUUGACGACCCCCGCCAGCUGAUUGACCAGCUACCAUCGUACCAAAGUAACCGAAGUGCAACAAAUCAACUCCAGAUCGUAUGGAAUGUCCAGCCUACUCCAAUAUUUACGGCGUUUGAUUCUCAAGCUUUGAGCAAAUAUGCUUCCCUUGUCAAGACUUUGAGAGUUGACCGUCCAUCGGAGCUGACUGCUUUUGCAACACUGGAGCAGGCGCUGAAAAUUGGACUCGCUGAGCUUCCCGUCUUGCCAUCAUUGCAGCACCUAUAUUGGAAAGAGUCCGGCACGUCCAAUCACAACCUUCAAUUCCUAGGGCUCUUCUUAUCCUCGACUUUAAUGACACUGAAGAUAAACCUGGGAGGUCUGAACCCAGAUAGCUACAGCUUGCCUGUAUUUGCCCCUGUCCCUCGAAAGUGUCCUAACAUCACAACACUAGAUAUACAGGGCUAUGGUUCUACCGCCGCGUUCAUGGUAAUGGUGUCUGAAAUAGUAUGCGCCUGCAAACAGCUACGGUCUCUGAAAUGCGAUUCGCUUACACCCGACGCAUGGACACAUUUGGGUCAGCUUGCGACUCUAACCUCCAUAAGACUUCUGUUUGAUCCGACUCAACUUCCCCGAACAUUUCCUACUCUUUUCUUCCCAAAUUCCGAGUCGAUCACUCUUGAAACACAAUCUCCUGCAGUAACCAGCUCCCUUCUUCUUAAAGAGGCGCGGCCUAAGAUCUUUAUCUUCCGUACAACGUAUCCGGACUCGCAGUUCGCCUUUGGCCAAUGUUUGCCCAUAACGACGGUUCUCGCCAACCUUGUCAACUUUUGUGACAAGAGCUUGCUUGAAUCCUUUACGUUUUAUCUAGGCGGCAAUCAACCCAAUUUUGAUUCAACUCAUCGCUCGGGAGAAGCAGAUCUCACCAUUCAAUAUAUCGACCCAGUACUCAAUGUCAUCAACCUCCGCGAACUAAACAUCAGUGUCGUAGGGAAAGUCCAUCUGGAUAACACAGAUAUUCAAGCCCUUGCUACCAGCUGGCCUCACCUGCAGACUCUGCAACUCAACAUCGAAUUCGGAUGGCAUGUCACCAAAGUGACGAUGGAUGGCGUUAUUGCACUUUUAAAGUCGUGUUCAAAGCUCAAGAAGCUGGCCAUGGCAUUUGAUGCAACCAAGUUGGAUAACCUUCCGCGGCGACUUCAAGACGAACCAUGGAUUACUUCCCUUACGUCCCUCAACGUCCUGGACUCGCCAGUCGAGGAUCCUUCAGCGGUAGCCCUUAUCAUAAAUCAAAUGGUGCCCAAGCUCUGCGAGUUGGAUUACUGGGCGGUACCUCCGAAUUUGGUGAGGCCCAAGAAACUGAUUAUUGAACAGAGGGAAAGAUGGUCACUGGUGAAAAGCUACCUUCGGAUUAUUGCUUUGGCAGAUUCCAAAAUAUGGCACACAGCUCAACGCAUCAAUAGCGGCGACACUGCAAUACCACGAAGCUCGAUCUAUUAG